AUGGUUGAAGCAUUUGACUUACUAUUAAGAGAUCUAAUGGAAACAAAUACGCUAUUUGGUGGUAAAAUAGUUGUUUUUAGCGGUGAUUUCCGACAAACUCUUCCUGUUAUACUAAAAUGUAAAGUCCAAGUAGUUGAUAAAAGUCGACCAAGAGACAACAAAGAUAAAACCACAAAAUAUCAAGUCUUAAUUCUGCAAGAUGAAGAGGAGAAUCAAGUUCAGGCCACCAUUUUCAGUACUGAUAUAACAUAUUUUGAAAAAGAAUUUGCUCCUUUCAAGACUUACUUGGUAUCUUUUGCAUAUGUGAAAGUCCCACCUCUUGGACACGAAAAUCCACUUAACAUAUUCAUUUGGACACUCGACAAAAACAUCAUUGUUGAACCAAUUGAAGAGGUCAAACCUCCAGAGGAUCCAUUACCACCACCAACACGACUGGCUAUUGCCAAAUUUGACACUUUUGAGUAUCAACCCAAAGAAUUUGAAUUUGAUGUACUUGCCAUUGUCAUUAAUGGCAGUCCUUCAACAAAGACAACAACUGGAAAGCGACUUCAAGAGUUCAUUGUCAUGGACAAGCUGAAAAAAACAACAAAACUGACACUUCGAGAGGAUUUUAUUGAUCAUGAGGGAGUUAAACUUUUCAACCAACUUCAUGAUUACCCGAUCAUUCUUGCUAGGAGAAUUGCGAAAUCAUCCCCAGGAACAUCGAAUAGAUUCAUUGGUUUGACGAGCAAAUUCAAUACAACAAUUGAAAUCAAUCCUUCAUAUCCACAGGCUGCUGAGUUAAGGACGUGAAUCAAAACAAUUGAAGCAAAGCUACUUGCUUAUAAGAUGAAAAGUACAACUCCAAUGGGCUCUAUUAUGUUAAUUCCAUUUGAGGAUGACAUUAUAUCUGUGGCUAACAUCCAAGCACAACCUCCGGGACAAAUAUUUAAUAUUGAGGUUGAAUUGUGUCUUGCAAGUAAGGAUCAACUCUUUAGUGUGUUAGCAUGCUCAAAUUGUAAGCAAUUAUUCACAAGAUAUAAUGUGCGAAGGAAAAUCUACUGCACAAGUUGUCACCAAUC